UGGACCAUGGAUCUGGUGUAGACCCGGUGAUGGACCCGGAUGAAAUAGCUGCGCUGUGUUACGAGCGCUUCCAUGCGCUGCCGCGCACGGGGAAGCCCGAGGUGGGCAGAGAGUGGACCCUGCUGGCCGCUGUGGUGCAGGUGACGCGGAAUGCCAACUCUAACACAGCAGUGAAGGAGGUAGUUUCUCUUGGCACUGGCUCCAAGUGCAUUGGAGAGACCAGCAUGAGCCCCUCUGGUGAUGUGCUCAAUGACAGCCACGCAGAGGUCAUUGCCAGAAGAGGAUGUAUCAGGUACUUGCUGGAGGAGCUGCUGGGGGCUGUGUCUGGCAGAGGGAGUGCUGUGCUGGAGCGGCUGGUUGGACCCCACGAGACUAGGUUUAGAGUUAGGCCUGAAGUCUCAUUUGUGCUUUUUACCAGCCACACGCCCUGUGGUGACGCAUCCAUUAUCCCGAUGACUCAGGUGCCUGUGCUGCCUUGUCCUCCCAUCAGCGGCUCAAUGAAGAGAAAAGCAUUAGAAGCUACAGAGAGCCACAGUCCUAAGGUUUUCAAGCCUACACAGCAGAAAGCAGCUGAGUGUAUGCAACGGGGUACAGCUGACCUCCACACAAAAGGAGUAGAGAGACUGCAGGAGGGUAACGCUGACCCCCACAGGGCGGGAGCAGGGAGAGUGCAGCAGGGUACAGCUGACCUCCACAAGACAGGAGCUGAGAUGUUGCCGGGGGUUACAGCUGACCCACACACAACAGGAACCGAGAGAGUGCAGCGGGGUAUUACUGACCUCCAUGGGACAGGAUCUGGGAAGUUGCAGCAAGGUACAGCUGACCCCCACGGGACCGGACCUAAGAGGGUACAGCAGGAUACUUCUGACCUACAUACAACAGGAGCUGAGACAGUGCAGUGGGAUACAGCUGACCUCCAUACAUCAGGACCUGACUGUAUGCAGGGGGGUACAGCUGACCCCCAUGGGACAAAGGCUCAGAGUGUCCUAGGACAUGCAGCUGAUGUGCACAGGACAGGGGCUAAAUGUGUUCCGGGUGGACCCACCGACCCCCUCCUGCCUGGGGUGGGGUACCACAGCACAGGGCUUCUACGACUGAAGCCAGGCCGUGGGGAGCCCACCCUUUCUCUUUCCUGCAGUGAUAAGCUCGCCCGCUGGGCUGUCCUGGGUUUUCAGGGUGCUCUCCUGUCCCAUUACCUGCAGGAGGCCAUCUACUUUACCACCAUUGUUGUGGGAAAAUGUGCAUACAGUGAGGAGGCCAUGCAAAGAGCUGUGAUUUUACGGUGUUCCCAUGUUUCUGGUCUCCCCGCUGGCUUCUCGGUCACAUCACCAGUGUUUCUCCAGUCCAAUCUGGAGUUUCCCUUCAGCCAGGCCCAGGCAGAGCUGCGUCACCAGGCAGGGCAAGGUCGGGUUUCUCCCUGUGGUGCAGCCAUCAGUUGGUGCAAAGUGUCUGAGAAGCCAUUAGAUGUCACAGCCAACGGCUAUAAGCAUGGAGUUACCAAGAAAGCCCUGGGCACAGCAAAAGCCAGGUCUCUGCUGUGUAAAAGGAACCUCUUCGAGUCCUUCCUGUCUGUCAUGGCCACCACACCGCCCUCUGAACUGCCAGUCUCCCUUAGAGCUGCAGGGCUCUGCACAUACUGGGACUACAAAGCUGCAUGUGUGGCGUACCAGCAAGCAUGGGCCCAUCUGCGCACACAAGCCUUCCCUCUGUGGCUUCGCUCUGACCGCAGUCACCUGCUGUUCACUGGACACAUACCACCUCUGUGAGGACACGCAUACCACCCUGGUGCCUUAUUUUCAGCACCACUUAGCGCAAAAAUGUGAAGCUGAGUAGAGGAUUUGUAUAUGGCACUGUUUUUUUCCUCUUAAUCAGCAGACAAUGAAUGAGCUAUAAUAUAACUUAUGGUGCACUAUGUGGAUUUUCUGGAGGAGGGUCUGCUUCAGCUUGUCUUCACGCAGUUUGUUUUGAUUUUGUUAGAAUUUUCUAUCUUUUCCUUGGAGAACAUGCCAAAUUUGAGCCAUCCCGCUCACAGUAAGAAUGCAUGUUUUUCAGGGUGUUUUUAGCAAUCAAAGCAGUAACUGAACUGAACUGCAUAGAUAUGUUUUAUGCCAUACUAUGGAACAUUCCAGGUAAGGCAAUAGUGUCUUAAUAGUGUAGAGCAAGGAUGUGGCAGACCCUCCUCCAGAAAAGUUACAUAGUGCACCUUUAACCAUACAUGCCAUCUGGUGUUUAAAAAGUCGCUAUGUUUAAGAAACAGGUGUAGAAAUGUUUGGAUUGUGAGGAGCAUUAUGACUGUAGUAGUCCACAUGUUUAUGAUCACUGCAGUUGUCAGGGCUCCCUCCCUGAAUUUUGAGUGUGACUUCCACAAGGUUUGUUUUUAGGACCUAAUAUGUGAUAUAAUUGUAUAUAUAUUUUAUA